CUGAAAUAUGCUGUGCUGUACUGUACAGUAUCUAUGUUAUUGAUGCUAUGGCUUUUUUGAGAUGCAUAAAGUCUCCACAGUCACAAUGGGUCGCGUCAAGUCGCGUGCAAAAAAAGUUUAAUGACUUCAAGCUCAAACUCCUUCACAACCACUUUCAAAAGACAUGGUGGCAGUUUCUAGCAGUUCACAAUCGCUUAACGCAGAAGUGGUGUCCUUGGAAAUCGCUCAAACCCCGAGUAGCCAAAAAGUCACUAUUUCAAAAGUCACUUCCGGAACAUCCGAGACGACGUACACAGAUUCAUCAGUCAGCGAAGCAUCUCAAGUUAAUGCUGUACCCAAUUCUGCUGUCUCCUCAAUGGAAAACUUUGAAAUAACACUGCACCAAGGUGUUAAACUGGUGAAGCCUAUUUCGAAAUCUGUGUCAUGCAAGGACGUCGACAUCAUUGAUGCUUUCAUUUACUCUCCAAGUAUUCCCGACUCUAUCAAGGACGACUUGACUCAACCCUGCGUACUUGGUGUUGAUGAAGCUGGUCGUGGGCCUGUUUUGGGCCCAAUGGUUUAUAGCGUUUGUUACUGUCCAUUAUCCAAAUAUGAAGAUCUGAAGGCAUUGGGAUUCGCUGAUUCUAAAACGUUGAAGGAGGAUGAACGAGAUCGUCUUUUUGAAAUCCUGGAGACAAAUGCUGAUAUAGCACGGUCAUCAAUUCAUGCACUGUCUCCGCAAUCCAUAUCUGCUGGUAUGCUUCGAGGGCAAAAGUACAACCUUAAUGAAAUGGCACACGAAUCGACCAUUGGUCUAAUUAGAGGGGUACUGGAUCUAGGAAUAAACAUCACAGAGAUCUACGUCGAUACAGUUGGCCCGCCUGCAAGUUAUCAGGCGAAGCUUAGUCGAAUGUUUCCGGGAAUCGAUAUAACUGUUGCAAAAAAAGCGGAUAGCACCUAUCCAAUAGUUAGUGCUGCUUCGAUUGUGGCCAAAGUAACGAGAGAUGCCAUAUUGAAAAAUUGGACCUUUGCCGAACCGAAUUUGAGUGCGACCAUUGGUCAAGCUUUCGGUUCAGGAUACCCCUCUGAUCCGAAUACUGUCCGGUGGCUGAAAGAGAACAUUGACCCUGUCUUUGGAUAUCCCAGUAUAAUACGAUUCAGUUGGUCAACCACAGCUACAAUAUUAGAAAAGAAUGCAGCCUCUGUCGAAUGGCCUGACACCGAGGUCAAGGGGUCGCAGAAGACACUGACCAAAUUCGUUAAGGAACCAGAGACAAAUAGUAAAUUGAUGCAAAAACUAGGCUUGAAAGCUGUAGCUGAUUUUGUAUAGGCGAUGCUUAUACACCUAUACCCUUCGAAAACUCAUGAUGUUAUUUGGUGCUGUGACAUAGAUAGAUAUCAGGACUUCAACUGAGCAAUAGGGGUGUUGUAUUUUUAUUAAACGGUAUAAUACGAAUAAACAAAGGACUCGCUGUUAGUUCUGUCUACCGCAAGA